CAUAAUCCCAUUAGGCUACAUAAAUAGAAAAGGAUUAAGAAAUGGAUAUUCUGUUAACGUAAUCGUUACCGUUAAAUGACGGUCCAAAAAUUGACGGAAGUGGUACUCCGUUGUACUGGGUAGGUGCGAACUAAGAAUACAGAGAGAAACUAAGCUCAUUUUUCCACUAUAAAAAGGGGGAAAUAGGCAAAGGGUGUGAUCAUCAAACAUAGGGGCUUUGCUCUUUUAUCUUUGUGAUUCAGAUUACGAAACUCCAUUUCUUCUUCUUCUUCUUUAGCGUGUAUUGUAUGGCCGCCAAUUUGCAGAGCCGGGGACUCGUGAGCUUGGGGAAACGAGUUGUGAACCAGAUCAGCUACGCUAGUGCUCGAACUUCUGCUAACUCACCUUCCCUCUCUGGCAGGAGGGGAGUGCAGACAUCGGUGUACGACAAGAACCCAGAGGAUCAUGUGCGGGAUUCGGUAGUGCCGGAUGAAGUGAUAGAGCCACAAUCAGAAAAAUACUGGGGUCCUCACCCACAAACUGGGGUGUUUGGGCCUGCAGCCACGGAUAGUGCUGGUGGGGAACGUGGUUUCCACUCAUCACCUGCCACUGCUGCUGCAGCAUCCGUCUUGGAGGAGAAGGCCUUCUUCCGCCCUCUCGAGGACUUGGACAAGCCACCCCACGCUUAAGUUUUACAUACUUAGCUCCAGUGCAUCUGUCCUCACUGGAAAGCAUAAGUAAUUACUCUAUAACUAUAUAUAGUGUGUAGUAGUGACUUUUAAUAAGUUUCUGUUUUGCUUUGGCUUAUGCGAGUACUUAGCUCCAGUGCAUCUGUCCUCACUGGAAAGCAUAAGUAAUUACUCUAUAACUAUAUAUAGUGUGUAGUAGUGACUUUUAAUAAGUUUCUGUUUUGCUUUGGCUUAUGCGAGUCUGUAUUAUAUCAAGUUUAAAGUGCAGUAUAGACUAUUAGAGUAACGCUGCACUGCUUUUGAAGGUUCCGUUCAUAUGGUACUGCAAUAUGGGUGUCUUUUGUUACAGUUA